AUGCUCUACGACCUCAACGUCCCCUGGAUACCCUCCCAGCCUCCCGCCCACCUCGAACGCACCAUCUCCUUCCUGUCGACCCUAGGCUACAACACCCUCGCCAUAAACCACACGCACUCGGGUCCCCUCCCCUCGCAAGUAAUCUGCGCCAUACCUAGUACGCAGCCCUUCCCUCUCCCAAAAAACACCACUCUCCUCCGACGCUGCACACUAGUCUUCAGCGACCCCUCGCAAAACUACCGCAUGUCCACCCUCGCCGCCGCCUACGACAUCUUCGCACUCCGGCCUACGAACGAGAAGGCCUACUUGGCAGCCUGCACCACACUGACCGAGCAUUCCUUGAUUUCGCUGGAUCUCACGCAGCGCUACCCCUUCCACUGGAAGCCGAAACCGCUCAUGACCGCGGUUAACAGGGGCGUGAGGAUCGAGAUAUGCUAUGCGCAGGCCUCAGAGGGGGGAAGUGAAGCGAGGAGGAACUUCAUCAGUAAUGCUAUGGCGGUUGUGAGGGCAACAAAGGGACGGGGACUGGUGAUUAGCAGUGAGGCGCAAAGCGUGCUGGGAUGUAGAGCCCCGGCGGACGUGGUGAAUCUGCUGGGGGUUUGGGGACUGGCGAGAGAGAGGGGGGCGGAGAGCAUGGGAGUGACGAGUAGGGAGGUGGUGGUUAAUGAGGGAGUGAAACGGAGGAGUUUCAGGGGCGUGGUCGAAGUAAUUGAUGGUGGGGAGAAUGAGCUUGCGAAGGUAGAUGCGGAAGGGAAGGGCAAAGGCAAAGGGGGAAAGGCGAGAGAAGAGAAUGGGAAUGCGCAGAAGGGGAACAAGAGGAAAGUGGAGGAGACGAACGCUGAUGGGACGCCGAUGUUGAGCAAGAGAGCUAUGAAGAGGGCGAAGUUGGCGUCGAAGGCUGCUGUGUCGUCAGAGAAUCUCAGCAGUAACUCGGCAGAUACCCCAGUUCACGAGUCCGCAACCCCCAGCACAACGAAACCAAUACCAAAAGUCAAGAGCUGA